UCUUGCCGGCGCUGUGUAUAAACGCAGCGCAGCUCGGAGGAACGCUUCAUAUUCUCUGUGAAGAAAGAAAGAAAGAAAGAAAGCUGAACCAUGGCCAGAACCAAGCAGACGGCUCGUAAGUCCACCGGAGGAAAAGCUCCCAGGAAGCAGCUGGCCACCAAGGCUGCCCGUAAGAGCGCCCCGGCCACCGGCGGCGUCAAGAAGCCUCACCGUUACCGGCCCGGCACCGUGGCUCUGAGGGAGAUCCGCCGCUACCAGAAAUCCACGGAGCUGCUGAUCCGUAAGCUGCCCUUCCAGCGCCUCGUCAGAGAGAUCGCUCAGGACUUCAAGACCGACCUGCGCUUCCAGAGCUCGGCCGUCAUGGCUCUGCAGGAGUCCAGCGAGGCUUACCUGGUCGGCCUGUUCGAGGACACCAACCUGUGCGCCAUCCACGCCAAGAGGGUCACCAUCAUGCCCAAAGACAUCCAGCUGGCCCGCCGCAUCCGUGGAGAGAGAGCUUAGAUUCAGUCUAACUGAACCCACAACCAACGGCUCUUUUAAGAGCCACUAAGUCUCUAAACGGCUCUCAUCCUGCUCAAUACUAUUAAGUCAAUUAACCUCAUCUAUUCUAUUAAAGUCAUACUACACCUAUAAGUAAAAUACGAACUGGGUUGUUUCAAGGGAAUGCCAUCACAUAUCUACAUAUAGAUCUAUUUUGCAUUGACAAUAUUACAAAUAUCAAAGUGUCUUUGAGUAUCAACAGUUUAGAGUAAUUGCUGCUGAUUUGAACAGUAAGUUCUCUGGUGUUACUGGUAGUAAACAAUAUAACUCAUUCAUUCCUUCAGUUUGUGACUCUUGAGUUGAUUUAAUCAGUGAAUUUUGUGUUUCUCUUCCUUUGUUUUCAUCUUUGUCAGCUGUUGAUUUUGAAUGUGUCUAUCUAGUCUGCCUACAAAAUGGAAUUUUACAGUCGUUUUGGGGUCUAAAUAUAUCAAUGUAUUUAGCAAGCAUCUAAUAAACACUC